GUCGUUCGGGUCAGGCGGUGGCUGUGCGGGCCAAGGUGUUUGGCUUCAGCGUGAUCUUCUACGACCCCUACCUGCAGGACGGCUUGGAGCGUUCCCUGGGCGUCCAGCGCGUCUACACCCUACAAGACCUGCUCUACCAGUCAGACUGCGUGUCUCUGCACUGCAACCUGAACGAACACAAUCACCAUCUCAUCAAUGACUUCACCAUCAAACAGAUGCGUCAGGGAGCGUUCCUGGUGAAUGCAGCACGGGGAGGGCUGGUGGAUGAGAAGGCCCUGGCUCAGGCCCUGAAGGAGGGGAGGAUACGUGGCGCUGCCCUGGACGUGCACGAGAUAGAACCCUUCAGGUGAGACACACAGUGCACG